UCUCAGCAGUCCUCCAUCCGCACAUGCUCAGAGCUCCAGCUCCGCUCGCGCUCCGCGUCUCCUCUGUGCUCGCGGCCUGUCCGCAGACACACACGCUGAUGAACUCCUCCUAGGAGAAUGGUCUCAUGGAGCUCGUGUCUCGUUUGCGUUUGAGUCCACCAUGCACAUUAGGAUUUCAAUAAGAUGUAUAUGUGUUUUGAGAUAAUCAUUUUGCUUCUCUCCUGCAACUUCUGCGUCUUCGUUUAUACUCAGGAUCCCUCCUGCUGCCAUCAUGCUGCAGAACACUUUCCUCAGUGUAGGGAAGCAUGUGAACAGCUCGCAACCAUUAGAAGUGAAUCACGUCUGAGACACCUUCUUCUCCGUUUGCCAAGUUACUGCCCGGAGACUUUGAGUGAGCUUUGGAUCUGCAUCAACAAUACCUUACCUGGGGCAUCAAAAAAGUCAGAUGGUUGGGUUGGCCUGGGAUGUUGUGAGUUGGCCAUCUCGACUGAAUGUCGCCGGGACUGCAAACAGGCAUCAUCUAAAAACGACAUCACAAAAGUAUGCAAGAAAGACACAGAGAAACCACUCUACAGCUGUAUCACCAAAAAUGAAAUGGGCUCAGUAUGCUGCAGUUAUGCAGGGAGACACACAACCUGCCGUGAAUUCUGCCAGGCCAUCUUUCGCACAGACUCAUCACCUAGCGUCUCCCAAAUUAACACUGUCAAAGAGUACUGCCAGAGUAUCAGUCCACCGCUCAUCAGCUGUGUGGCCAACUAUACCAAAUCCUACCCCAUCAGAAGCCCUAUUGACAGUUUAUACUGUUGUGACCGAGCGGAGGAGGCCCACUGUCAGACGGCUUGUAAGCGCAUCCUCCGCACUAUGACAACCGAGCAGGAGAUCAUGGACGGUCUGAUCAAAGAGUGUGGCCGUCAGCCACUCCCACAGGACCCGCUGUGGCAGUGCUUCUUGGGUAGCACACACACCCCCACCAAAAAAAAUCCAGAAUCCCCUCCAAUUGCAAAGAUGGACUGCGCAAAACUCCACUGCUGCUCCAAAGCAAACACUUCACACUGCAGGAAUAUGUGCUUGGAGAUCAGCACUAACUGGGGCACUCAGACGUGGCAGGAGUUUGACCAACUUUGUGAAUAUAGCCCUGUUGAGAUGGACCUGAUCACCUGCUUGGCUGAUGUGAGGGAGCCGUGCCAGUUAGGCUGCAAAGAUCUGACCUACUGCACCAACUUUAACAACAGGCCAACUGAGCUGUUUCGGAGCUGCAAUGUUCAGUCAGAUCAGGGUGCCAUGAAUGACUUCAAACUCUGGUCCAAUGGAACUAUCAAGAUGCCCUUCAUGAACAUCCCAGUGCUGGACAUCAGUAAAUGCCAGCCAGAGAUGUGGAAAGCUGUAGCCUGUGCCCUGCAGAUCAAACCAUGCUAUAGCAAGUCCAGAGGAAGUGUCAUUUGCAGGUCAGACUGUGUGGAUAUCCUGACCCAGUGUGGAGAUCGCAAACGGUCUCUCGAUGGACAGACUCCAGAGCGGAUAUGUGACCUCCUGUCCCCAACAGAUGAUCCAGAGCGGUGUAUUCCUCUGAAGACAUACCUCACCCCCAGUCCCUUUGCUAACCUUAUUGAAGAAGUGAUCCAUCCCUGCAACCCUAACCCAUGUCCAAGCAACCAUCUUUGUGAAGUGAACAGGAAAGGCUGCCAUCCAGGACAAGACUGCCUACCAUACUUCUGUGUACCUGGGUGUAAACUAGGAGAAGCAUCUGAGUUCCUCGUCCCCAUGGAUGCCCGUAUCCAAGUGCCCACUCGGAACAGGCAAAUGGGAUGCUAUGAGGUUUGCACCUGCGGUCAAAGUGGUCGUCUGGAGAACUGUGCUGAAAUGCCAUGCUUUGACACCACAAAGACCUGUUUGUUUGGAGGACAAAGAAAAAGUCAUGGUAUGUCCUUCCAGGUAGACUGCAACCCCUGUUCCUGCUUUGCUGGAGAAACCAUUUGCUUCUCUCGCCAAUGCCUCGGGUCAGACAGCUCUGAUGAGGAUCGACGCCCCUUCACAGGACUUCCUUGCGGCUGUGCUGAUCAGUUUGUGCCUGUGUGUGCACAUAAUGGACGCACAUACCCCAGUGCCUGUGUUGCGCGCUGUGCUGGCUUUCGAGACAAUCAGUUAGUUUUCGGGUCCUGCAGAAGCAUCGAUCCCUGCUCGCUAAACCCCUGCCAAAGGAACCAAAGGUGCAUUCCUAAACCGCAAGUGUGUUUAACGGACCUGUUAGACACUCCCUGUCCACUGUACGAGUGCGUUACUCGCCCAUCCGUCUGUGACCAGAACCAGCUGGAUCCAGUCUGUGACACGGAUAACAUGGAGCAUGCCAAUUUGUGUAUGCUUUACUUACGGAGCAAAACCCUGGCAUACAUGGGUCAUUGUCAGGAUGCUUGCAAGAAGCCCAGACAGGUGUGUGGCCACAAUGGAGAAACCUACAGUACAGUGUGUGAAGCUUUCUCAGACCGCGUUGCUGUGGACUAUCAGGGUUGCUGCCAUGCGGUCGGGACGAUUCCAGAGUUCACGUCCGACUCAGGGUGUAACGCUGUGCCCUGUCCUCCUCUCUCCACAGAGGGCUGCAAUCCAGUCACACCACCUGGCGCCUGCUGUCCUGUGUGUGCAGGUAUGCUACAGAUCCUCUGGAACAAAGCGCAGAUGAAUAUCUUCGCUAAGCUGAACAGGAAUCAGCCCGUGACGGUGCACGACAUCCUGAAAAUCCUCCGGCUGCACAUCUCUGUCCCUCAGUGUGACAUCUUCGGCUAUCUGAGCAUCAACUCUGAGAUCAUCAUCCUUAUUGUGCCUGUUGACCAGCAGCCUACACCACUGCAGAUUGAAGCCUGCAGUAAAGAAGCGGAGAACAUCGACUCCCUUAUAAACUCUGGAAGCCCCACACUGGUGUCCCAUGUGCCCCUGUCUGCCUUCCUCAACUCUGAGGUCAAACUUUCCACCAUCAGUUCAGCUGCUACCACCACCCCCCUCUCUUUCUCCCUCUGUCUCUUCCUCUUCUGUCUCCUCCUUUCUUUAACAGGGACCCCAUUUCCCUCGUAACCCCACGUUGCCAAGCAACACUAUCACAUGUUUGACCUCUGACCUUCAAAGUCACGACAGGAAGCCAUUCCAGUCGAUGUCGUGACGACAAUCAUUACACUGCAGAAUGACAAGGACAAUCAAGUUCCAACUUAAUGACAUGAAAAUGUCUGGAAUUCGUGGACAUUUUUUCUUACACAAUGAAGGACUUCCUCAAAAGGAAACUGUACUACGUUGUCUUGCAAGGUCACUGACUUCAACUUUGAAAAUGGUGGAGCGAAAGAUUAAAGGAAAAACAGGAGAGUUAGAGACAGCACAACAUCUCAGAUGUCAGGUUUAAAUGCAAGACGAUUGCUGCUUUUAGAUGUCUCACUGGCCCAAGUACUCAUGCACAUAUCAGCUUUCAAAACACUAUUGUAUCAUAGUAAAAAAAAAUAAAGACCUGGAAUUAGGGGAGGCCGGGGGCAAUUUUAACACUACAUUUCUUCACUCACAAAGACGAUAGAGAGAAGAGACUUAUUCAGCACAUGCUCAAUAUACUCUCUCUGCCUGAGGAAAGGUUUGGCAUUUUCAACAAAAACAUAAUUUUAUCCAAUAUUUUUCUUCUGUCUAAAGUUUCGAUGCAUUUGAAGUAUCUAUUAUCUCAAUUGAACCAAUGACUCCCAGUGGCCAAAGCUGGAAGAGUCAUUGACUAGUUUCCGAAUUAAAUGUCCACAAGGUGGCGGCAAAACUUAGUUGUAUUUUUGUUGGGAAUAGUAUCAUACAUUCAAAAGCAAUACAUAUUUUAAUAACUCUGCAUCCUAACCCAAACCCCAACCCUAAACAUAAUUGUCAAGUGAGAAUUUUAUAUUAGAGUGAAAAUGCAACCACCAAUGUGAACAUGUUUACUUCCCAAACUGAUCUCACAGUGAAAGCAAAAACAGAAGGUUGACUUUUCUUCAGUUGAAAUCGGUCUGUGCUUAUUGAAAUUCGAAACACUGCCCCCAGUGGAACGUGUGAGCUCCAUUUUCAGGGUGAAAUGUCCACAGAGGUGUGCCAAAACGAGUUGUAAAUUGAGUUGUUACAGCUGUUCAUGCAGUAAUACAGUGAAGUGGAAAGCAUGUUUUUUAAACUGAACCUCCCAAACCCCAAACCUAAACCUAAACAUCAGUGGAGUAAAAAUGUAAUGUUCCAAAUCUAGCUUGCUGCUGAUUAUACAAUCAUGAUUACUUGCUGGUUUCAAUGUGGGAUCUGAACCUGGAUCUCCCAUGCAGCUGACACAACAUGUAUCAGGUUGCAACACAGGGAAAUCUAAACAUGCUGGAGUCGAUGCAGAAAUGUAUGAUAGAUGUCGUCGCUUAUCGGUGCGUUGGCAUAAUAUGGCCGAUCCUAGUGUACCGGAAGUAUACUAACAACAUGCCGUCCUCCUGCGUGAUUUAAUUCCAUCAAAAUGUCUAGUUUUAAACAAUAUACAGUAUUUUAUUAAAAAGUAUUUCAUUUAGCAAAAAGGAUUUGAGAUAAUUAGAGUGUUGGUCCUAAUUAAACUUGUGCUUUAAACACUCAUUAUUCUGAACAGCUAGAAGAAUAAGUACCAUAUAAAGGACAAACAUAUUCAGUAAAUAUAAUUCAGUUGAAUUCAGAAGUUUAUUAAAGUAAUUAAAACAAAAUUUUAAUCCACUCCACAGAUUUCAUAUUAGCAAACUAAUUUUGGUAAAUUGUUUAGGACAUCUACUUUGUGCAAGUAAUUUUUCCAACAAUUGUUUACAGACAGAUUGUUUCACUUUUAUUUGACUAUAUCACAAUUCCAGUGGGUGAGAGUUUUACAUACACUAUGUUAACUGUGCCUUUAAGCAACUUAUGUCAAGCCUUGUAAAGGACCUUGUGAAGAUGUGGGAGGAAACAGGUAGACAAGUAUCUAUAUCCACAGUUAAAAGAGUCCUAUAUCGACAUAAUCUGAAAGGCUGUUCAGCAAGGAAGAAGCCAAUGCUCCAAAACCACCAUAAAAAAGCCUGACUACAGUUUGCAAGUGCACAUGGGGACAAAGAUCUGGAGACAAAAGAGUAAUGUGAUCUGGUCUGAUGAAACAAAAAUGUAACUGUUUGGCCAUAAUGACCAUCGUAAUGUUUGAAGGCUUUCAAGCUUAAGCACACCAUCCCAACCGUGAAGAAUGGGGGGGGGGGCAUCAUGUUGUGGGUGUACUUUGCUCACAAAAUAGAUGGCAUUUUGAGUAAGGAAAAGUAUGUGGAUAUAUUGAAGCAACAUCUCAAGACAUCAGCCAGAUAGUUACAGUUUGGUCAAAAAUGGACAAUGACCCCAAGCAUACCAAAUUUGUGGCAAAAUGGCUCAAGGACAACAAAUUCAAGGUAUUGGAGUGGCCAUCACAAAGCCCUGACCUCAAUCCGAAUUUUUGGGCAGAACUGAAAAAGCGUGUGUGAGCAAGGAGAUCUACAAACCUGACUCAGUUACACCAGUUCGGUCUGAAGGAAUGGGCCAAAAUUCCAGUAACUUAUUAUGAGAAGCUUGUGGAAGGCUACCCAAAACGUUUGACCCAAGUUAAACAAUUUAAAGGCAAUGCUACCAAAUACUAACAAAGUGUAUGUAAACUUCUGACCCACUGGGAAUGUGAUGAAAGAAAUAAAAGCUGAAAUAAAUAAUUCUCUCUCCUAUUAUUCUGACAUUUCACAUUCUUAAAAUAAAGUAGUGAUCCUAACUGACCUAAGACAGGGAAUGUUUUCCACGAUUAAAUGUCAGGAAUUGUGAAAAAGGUGUACGUAAACUUCUGACUUCAACUGUAAAUCUAUUUAUGGUACGGUUAUUACUCGCCUAUAUAAAUGUUUCUUAUACAAAGAGAAUACAGGUAAAUUUUUAUAAUCUGUGAGUUGUGAAGGAAAAUUUUAAAUAAAUUCCCCAGUCUCCCCUAAUACACCUAACAAGAAAAGGUGACUUUUCAGCCACGUCUGAGAGACUUAUAUACUGGAUCCUCGUAGUUGCAAAAUCAAACAAAGAAACAAAAAAGAGGAACUCCUGCCAUGUAAUCAAAUAUGACAAUCGUACUGCUUAUCCAUAAAGUGGUAAAAACCAUAUGCCUUUCUUAUAAAGUUUAUACAGUAUAUAUAAUUAUGUAUGUGUGUGUAUAGGUUUGUUUUAAAUAUGAAGUAUUGCAAAAACUUUAUGUUAAUAAGAGAAGCAAAACAUUUUAUUUUGAAAAGUUUCUGAUGAAAAACAUCACAAUGUGCCAUUUUAUAAUCUAAAGCUUGCAUGUGAAUUUUGAAGUAUUGCUUUGUCAUGUUGUUGAGUUGAAAGUGUUGUGUACAUGCCUAUAACACAUUAAAGGCCACCUUUUUUCAAACAGUAUUAUUUUGCUUUGGCAGCUGUGUAGCAUGGUGGGAUGGGCCUUAUUGUGUCCUGUCUGUUUGUCUUAUGUCUGUAACGCUUCCUAUGUAUAUUUUUUUAUAUGAUUAUAAUAAAUGUGUUUAUAUUGCCUGAGGAUUUCUUCAGAAUGCCAUA